AUGCAGGUGGUGCAGUACUCCUCCGACACUCUGCGUGGCGCUCUGAUCUCCGGAGACCCCGGAUUGCAGGAUCUGUAUGAGAGAUUCUCACCUGAGGAGAGGAAGCUGCUGAAUGAAGCCUUCAACCCCCACAGCGCCCUCUUCAGGCCGGUGACCGUCUGCUCCCCCUCUGAUUGGAUCCCAUCGCACCCCGAGCCUGCGGAGACCUUCCAGGACUUCUAUGGGAAGUGUGAGAGGCGGGUCCCCUCCCCCCACAGGAGGACCAUCUAUGUGCAGACCAUAGGUCAGUUCGGGGACUCGGACCGGCACACGCAGGAAUACAUCGGCUGGCUGACGGGAUAUUGCCAGGCCUUCUUCCAUGGCCUUCCAGUCCAGGUCCAGGGUCCCAUCAGCAUAUCGCAGACUGGCUGCCGCUUCCGAGUCAAUGACUCCACCCACAAUCUGCAGAUCCAUGCUGGUGACCUGCUCCGGUACCUGAAGACCAUCAAGCCGCCAGACGCAUUCUGCAUAGUCGGGGCCACCAUGGUAGACCUGUACCCGCGGGACUCCUGGAACUUUGUCUUUGGGACGGCCUCACUCACAGAAGGGGUCGGAGUCUUCAGUUUUGCUCGGUAUGAUGAAGAGUUUUACCGCUCCGGCUACAAAGGGCGAUUGAAGGGGAAGAGGCCGGCAAAGGGGGAUUACUCCGUAUUUAAUGGAUAUUACACUCCGCCCAUCACCAGCGCUCUCCUCCUCCGAUCCUGCAAGACGCUGACACAUGAGAUUGGUCACAUGUUCGGCCUCCUCCAUUGCCAGUGGCUGCAGUGUGUGAUGCAGGGAUCCAAUCACCUAGAAGAGUCGGAUCGGAGGCCCCUGGACCUCUGCCCCAUCUGUCUGCGCAAACUGCAAUCGGCCAUCGGCUUUACUAUAGCGGAGAGAUACAAGGCUCUGCUCCGCUGGAUGGAAGAUGAUGGAAGGGAAUCGGAUUUGGAAGCUCGUGGGAAAAGGGAAAUCGUAAAGCCGCUGGAGAGUUUCCAGGCGCACAGAGAUUGGAGCAGAACAUGUCUGGACUUCUUGCUCUAG